GACACUAAAAGUAACAGUGCAUAGAUCUUCAUAUUAGAUUUCAAGAAGACUUGUUUGUUCAGACCCAUCAACGCUGAGAUGGGUAAAACACGUCAAACCGCACGUCAACCAGCUGGUAGUAUGCAGAAGGCAAACCCACCACAAGCAGCUGUUGAUAAAACGGAGGCAACUCCACCACAAGCAGCUGUUGGUAAAACGGAGGCAACUCCACCACAAGCAGCUGUUGGUAAAAUGGAGGCAAACCCACCACAAGCAGCUGUUGGUAAUACAGAAGCAACCCCACCACCAGCAGCACCACCACCAGCUAGCAAAAUUAAGCCAGCUUCAAAAGUUGCAAAACUACCAUAUCGAACAAAGAAAGGAAAGGCAGAAGAGAAGGAUUUUGUUGAGGCAGCAAGCCUGGAAACGGAUGAACAUCAACAGGAACUGAAUGAGAAACUGGAUUUUCUGAAGACGUUAAAAGAGAAACAAAGAGAAGCUUCAAAGGAGGUACAGCAACUGCUGUUUGAACAGAAUUUACAGGAGAGGGGCGUGAGUGGAGAGGGGGCUCCAGGGAAGUCGUCAGGUCCGAUUAUACCGCGCCCUGAGGAUCUGCUUGCUGCAAAACGCAGGUUGAAGAAACAUAACAGACGAGAUGCGUUUGAUCCAGUCACUUUGGCAAGGAGAGAACUCCUCGAAACAGUCUCAGAUGAUGAUUUGGAUUAUCUCCCCCUUCCAGUUUUGUUGGACGUUAUUGACCAGCGCUCUGUGAGCUCCGACCUUGUUUGUCUAAACCUCAGCAGUAUUGAGCAGAUCACGGAUGCUUUUUUCUUUUCUCUCAAGUCAUCCCGUGGAAUAUUCACCCACCUCAAGAAACUCAUCUGUAUUGGAUGUGUUCAUUUGACUGAUUAUGGAAUCAUUUGGGCAUCGGAGCUCUUUCCACUUGUUGGGGUAGAGCUCCAGGGAUGUACCCAGCUGACUGAAAAGUGUGUUUACUACCUCGCCACGAAUUGUCCAACACUGACAUCAGUUUCUAUCACUGGAACACAGGUUGCUAGGUUACCAUCAGAACUAGCAAAUACCGAAGUUGUCAACCUGAAUAUAGGUGGUUGUCCCCUGAUUUCUGCGUCUGCUAAAUUUUCACUUGGAUCUCGGGCUCAGAUGAAGGAGUUUGACAGUUAUGAUUAUGUGGACCUACCUAGCAAGAAGCUCGUAGUGCUGACCCAUGGCAAGUUGGACGUCAGUGUUGGAUCACUGCUUACAGACCAGGGUUCGGGGAAACGACCUGAGGCCUUCUGUUACUAUGGCGAUUGGAAGGUGAACGAGUCUUCAACUAUCCAUGUGAUGGAGUUCCCUGCUGAUAGUCCUAUGAGUGAUGCAGCAAUAACUGCAGGAUGCAUCGUGGUCAUCACAUACCCAGCGUCCAUGGCAACCUCUGCUGAUCUGUACCAGGCACUAGCCAAUCAGAUUGCUGCUACUGUUACAAAGGUUCACAGUCUUUUUCGGACAUUGUGA